CGGUUACGGGAGGAGAUGGCAGCGAAGGAGCAGGCGGCCCAGGAGCAAAGGGCGCAGAUGGAGCAGCAGAUUCUGCAGUACCAGCAGCAGCAGACACAGAUGAUGCAGCAGAUGCAACAGCAGCAGCAGAUGAUGCAGCAGCAGCAGGCACAGAUGAGCUGGCUCAUGAGCCAGACGGCUCUGUCUUCUCCACCGGGGAGUCUUCCUCCUCCACCUUACUCCAUGUGGAUGCCGCCACCGCCCACUCAGACCCCGGGGACACCUAUCACCGUCAACAACAUGAACAUCAUCCGGAGCAUGAACCUCGGCAAUGACAAUGAGGCCGGCGGAAGCGGAGGAGGACAAGGUUGAUGGCAUGGUCUUCGUGCACUCGUCGUCGUUGCAAUGGAUUGUUCGCACUUGUUAUGGAUUGUAAUAAUGGACAUUGCUAUGCAUGAACUAUAUGUGCUCGAUGUGGACUCUAUGUAACGGAUUGUAUGCAUGAACUAUGUGUGCUCGAUGUAUUUGUGGUGUUGUUGAUGUGUUUGGUGAUCUUAUGUUGAUAUAUAUGUUAUAUAUGCUAUAUUUGUGAAAUGCAAUAUUUGAAAUGCAGGGAUAAUUGAAAAAUAGCAAAAAAAUGAAAAAACCAGGCCCCUUUGCCGUGUGUGUGCACACGGCAAAGGACAUUUGGUCUCUUUGCCGUGUGCACACGCACGGCAAAGGGGCCACGUGUCGCCCAACUGUGCUCCUGGGAGCUCCUGGGGGGCGUGCCUGCAUGGUUCUUUGCCGUGCGUGG